CCAAAGGCAGCCGCUUAACUGACUGAGCCACCCAGGCGCCCCGUCAGGGAGUUCUAGAGAGAUGGAAGGGAGUCCCGACCUAUGGUAGGCAGUGUAUCUUCAUCUCUGUCCCCAGGACCCGGUACUAAGUAGAGGUUAGUAGUUUGGUGCCUACACUUUACCCAGCUGAGACCCAAAGAGAGAUGACUUACCUUUUAGGUAGUUGCCACACCCAUAGGUGAUUGUGUCAUGGCCUGGGACUCCAGGGACUGAAGAGCACUGCAUUUGGGGAUGGAGAGGCAGAGCCCAUCUGAUGGCCAUGGUUUGGGAUGGGGUAAAAGGAUGACUGGGCAUCUCAGAAAGUGCAGAAGGCAAAAACUCAUUUUCUGUGUCCUGGUUUCUCUCACCUCAGACCUGGAGGCAGAAGCUAGCCUUCCAGAAAAGAAAGGAAACACGCUGUCUCGAGACCUCAUUGACUAUGUGCGCUACAUGGUGGAGAAUCAUGGGGAAGACUAUAAGGCUAUGGCCCGGGAUGAGAAGAAUUACUAUCAAGAUACCCCGAAACAGAUUCGGAAUAAGAUCAACGUCUAUAAGCGUUUUUACCCAGCGGAGUGGCAAACUUUCAUUGAUUCUUUGCAGAAGAAUAAGAUGGAGGUUGAAUGAUUGACUAUACCUGCCUCAGGCUGAGGUCUCCUCCUGGACCAGAGAAGCUCCUUAAGGCAAGGAGGGGCAUGUGGCCAGAUGGGGCUGGCCAAACCCCAUGGAAUCAGAAGGUUGCGCACACACUCACACUCCCCUUUCUGGGGAAGGGACUGUCUCCAAGAGGCUUCUGAGGGCCCUGAGAAAAGCCAGAACCUACUGUUCUCAGAGUGGGUGGUUUGUUUACAUAUAGUCUGUACAUAAUAAAACAAGACUAUUUUACUGCU